AUGGCCGAGCCCGAGUCCAGCGCUGAGUCGCGCAAGCGCCGCCGCGGCCAGCGAAGCAAUCGGCCCUGCGACCCGUGCCGCCGCCGCAAGACGCGCUGCAUCGUCGAGUCUGGCUCUUCCGGCGAGUGCACCGUGUGCCUGUACAGACAGACCAAGUGUACCUACGAGGAGUCGCCCCCCGAGCGCCCCUUGCCUCGCCGCCCUUCCAGCACUGCCGCUUCUACCUCCACCGUCGACAUCCCCGCCCGCCACCCGCCCUCCAGCGAGGUCGCCCACCUGUCCCCCGGAUCCGGCGACAUCCCGAGGUCUGCUCCCACCCUGCCGCAACUCCCUAGCGUGCGCACCAACGAAGAGCUGCCCUCGGAUGUGCUGAGCUCUGGCGAAGCCUCGGCUGCCGCCCUCGAGGCUGCUCGCGAACGCCAGCGCAAUGGCGAGACCAUCAGCGAUGCAGACCGUGCCAAGGGGGAGAUGUCUCUGGGCCUGCAUCCUACGCGCUUUGCCGAGCUGUACGGCUUGGGAAGUGACAUGGAGCCCAUCCUCAUGCGUCACCGUCCCUAUGACGCCCUCCAUCACGAAUUCCGCCUUUCCACGCACGCCAUCCGCCGCGUGCUCGAGCGGGAUCAAGGCGUCGAGUACCCGCUCUGUUUCCACAUUGUUAGCGACGAGAAGGCCGCCGGCUAUUCCUCUACCUACCAGGAAGUAGACGCCAUCGAGGCCUGCGUCAAGCCUUUUGGCGAGCGCCUUGUUCGUCUGUUCUGGCGUGUUGUUCAGCCAUCCUACCCGGUCCUGUAUAAGAAGGGCUUCAUGGAACAGUUCUCAAAAUCUUACCGCUUCAUCCCAGGCCCUCUCCUGGGAGCCGUCUACCUAAACGCAAUCAACUGGUGGCAUUUUGACCCCUUACUCUCAACACACCCUCCGCCCGACCUUUCCACCCUGAGGCGGCUUACCCUGCACGCCAUUCAAAACUCAUAUCACCGCCCGCGGCUGUCUUCGAUAGAGUCCAUGCUCCUGCUCUUGCAGUGCAAACCCGAAGACCCCUUAAAUCCCGACCAUACUUUUGGUUGGGGCUUGGCCUCUCAAGCACUGGCAAUUGGCGAGGCUUGCGGUCUCCACCUCGACGCCUCUGGCUGGGCCAUUCCGGACUGGGAACGCACCCUGCGCAAACGCCUUAGCUGGGCUUUGUACAUGCAAGACAAAUGGACUGCCUGCGCGUAUGGGCGGCCAAGCCACAUUACUGACGACGAGUGGGGCGUGAAAGAGCUUGAUCCGACGGACUUUGCGGAUUGUGAGGCAGAUCCAGACGAUCCCGCCGGACUGGCCGUCCAAGCUGGCCAGGAACAGUUCUUGCACAUGGUACGGCUAUCACAAAUACUCGAUGUUGUCUUGAAAAGAUUCUAUUCCGUCAAAGGAUGCGUAAACCAGGACACUGUCGAUUUGUACACGAAAGCGCAACCCAUCAUAGACUCGCUGGCCACAUGGUACAGGGCCAUACCGCGCUCUCUGCACAUGGACUCUUUGCCUCCAAGGCAGCUUUGCCCAAAUGGAUACCUACAUCUUGCUUAUUUUGGCGUUACAACUCUCCUGCUCCGCCGGCUCGUUAGGUCCACGGCACUUGCUCCGCUAUGCUUGGACAUACAAGUACUAAACGCCAUUCGUCAAUACGCUUAUGAUACGGCAAUGAAGGCCACAGCUUUGGUUGCGUUGCUUCGCCCAGAGCAUCUGGAUGCCUUUUGGUAUUUUGUGACGUCGCUCACGCCGUCGGAACGAGACCACUGGCGUGAGACGCUCAAUUCGUACAUUUGGACCCUCCGCACCAUGAGUAAAUCAAACGAGCCCAUCAGAUAUGCUGUCAACCGGCUCGAGGGAGCAAUCUUGCGUGGGCUUGAGCAUGCUCUGGUUAUUGCUGUGGACGGUCCAUCGACCGAGAUGGCCGAGACGCCUCAGCAAACGUUUGAGGCGGGCGUCAACGGAUUUGGUUUUGGGAUCUCUGAAGUCAACGACUGGGACUACCAAAGUCAAAUGCACUUGGGCGCGUUUGAUUAUUUGAGUAACAAUGCACCUGCUGCGCCGAUGCAGUAA